AUGGCGAGCAAUCUCAAAUCAGACCUGUUGAACUGCCUUUCCGGCUCCAAUGUAAUUGUUGACGGCGAUGAGGCGUGGCCGGAUGCAAUCAAGCGUUGGACAGGGUAUCUGGGCAAGAUUCCUGCAGCAGUCGUUCAAGUUACUAGCGAGGAAGACGUCAUUGCAGCGGUUUCCUAUGCGGUGCAGAACCAGAGGCCUUUCGUGGUUCGAGGAGGUGGCCACAGCAAUGGCUUCUCGACAAUCGACAGUCCUGGGAUUAUCAUCGAUCUCUCGCGUAUGAGAAAGGUCACCGUUGAAGUGGAGAGACAGGUUGUUGUUGCACAAGGAGGCGCUACUAUGGGCGACGGGGUGAAGGCAGCUAGUUCAGUAGGAAUGGCUGUCGCUACCGGAACGUGUAACGAAGUGGGCCUGAUCGGUGCUGCCCUUGGAGGAGGGAUAGGGCGCUUUCUUGGGCACGUUGGAUACGCCGCAGACACCGUGCUCUCAAUGCGGGUCGUUGUGGUGGACCAGAGCGGAGUAGCUCGCGCAGUCGAGGCAUCGCCCGAAGUCAACUCCGAUCUCUUCUGGGGUCUUCGCGGUAGCGGCCAUUUGUUCGGAGUGGUGGUUGAGGCUACAUUCCGAGCCUACCCGUGGACCCAUGACACAUGGCACAGCUGUCUGGUCUUUGCGCCUAAUGAUGCAGGAUUGGUUGCAGAGGCAGUGAACAAGGUCCAUUAUCAGGGAGGUAUGCAGGGGCGGCUGGUAUUCUGUGCCCCAAACAAGCAGCCUAUUGUUCUUCUCCAAAUGUGGUAUAUGGGAUCACACGAAGAGGCCGCCAGCAAAUUCCAGCCUCUAUUGGAUCUCCCGUCUAUGACAGAUCAUCCUUUAAACUUUGUUGGCCGCCGUAUUCAGUACCCUAACCUCAAUGACUCCAGCGACCGUAUCUGCGGCUAUGGGGGCAGAAAGAACCUGGCAGCGUUUGGCUUGAAAAACUUGUCAGCGGGAUCCUGCAUGGCCGCCCUCAACGUCUACAUGGACUUCAUUACUCAACACCCCGAGGCGGCCCAGACUCACAUCCUGACCGAAUUUUACAGCAUGGACGUUGCGCGGGAGCUAGACCAGGAUGGACAAGAGACGUCUAUCCCUGGUGAGUUCCGGCGAGAAGUGAAGUAUUGGGUCAUGCCUCUGGCUUGGUAUGACGACCCUGCACUGGACGAUGCAUGUGUUGGACUCAACAAGGCCAUUCGAGAGGCAUUCUUAACACAGCAAGACGGAACACGCGCAAUGGGAGUGGGCUAUGUCAACAUGCCCUUUGAAGACGAUACCGCCACUAGCGUUUUUGGCGAGGGUGAGCGGCUGGAGAGGCUCCGGAAUCUCAAGCUAAAAUGGGACCCGCUUGGUGUGGUGCAAGGAAUUGUAAAACUUUGA